GUCUUUCUCUCUCCCUCUCUUUACCUGUACUACUCUUUUCUCUCUCUCUAUUUUUCUGCACUAUUGUCUUUCUCUCUCCCUCUCUUUACCUGUACUACUCUUUUUCUCUCCGACUCUUUUCCUGCAUUACUCUCUUUCUGUUCUCCACCUAGCGCUCUCUCUCUCUCUCUUGCUCUCUUUUCCUGCGUCCCUCUCUCUCUUUUCCUGCACUACUCUCUUUCUCUCUUUUUCUGCACUAUUGUCUUUCUCUCUCUCUCCCUUUACCUGUACUACUCUUUUUCUCUCUGACUCUUUUCCUGCACCUCUCUCUAUUUUCCUGCACUAAUCUCGCUCUCUCUUUACUGUAACUCUCUCUUUUUUCAUGCACUACUCUAUCUCUUUCGUGCACAUCUCUCUCUCUCUUUCUCCCCUCUCUCUCUCUCUCUCUCUCUCUCUCUCUCUCUCUCUCUUUUUCCUGGACAACUCCCUCUCUCUCUUCACUACACAACUCUGUCUCUCUCUCCUUCUCUCUAUUCUCGCUCGACCUGCUUAUCCGACCAGAGCUGGGCCGCACACACUCCCGGUGCAAGGGCAGGGGGCGGGGUUUGCCGCUGUCAAUCAGUAACCUGUGGAAUUCAGAAAGACAAGUAGGUCCUGUCUGUGUCAGGCACUACCACACACUUACUCACACACUUACUCUCACACACACACACACUCGCACACAUAUUCUCUUACGCGCACACACACGCACACACACACACGCACACACAGUUACAAACUCUCAAACACUCUUCUCUGCGCUUCUCGACGUCUAAAAAGUGUUCCAAUGGCUGACCACACGUCUCCAGACUACUUCAGCUGUAGUCUGUGCGUGAAGCUGCUGAGGGACCCGGUGGCCAUUCCCUGCGGCCACAGCUUCUGCAUGAACUGCAUCAGCGGCUACUGGAACGAGGCGGACUACACGGGGAUCUACAUCUGCCCCCAGUGCAAGAUCACCUUCACCCAGAGGCCAGUGCUGCGGCCCAACGCCACGCUCAGUAUGGUGGCCGAGAAAAUCAAGAAGAGCGCCUUGGACGUCAACGUCCACACUCUGCAAGGGAAUGGCUACGCCGGGCCGGGCGACGUACCGUGCGACUUCUGCUCUGGGAAGAAACUCAAGGCUGUCAAAUCAUGUCUCAACUGUCUGGCGUCGUACUGCGAGAAGCACCUGAAGCCUCACUACGAGUCGGCCACCUUCAAAAGGCACAAGCUGGUGGAGCAGCUGGGAAACUUGGACAGGAAGAUCUGCCCACAGCACCAAAAGCCUUUGGAGCUCUUCUGUCGAACCGACCAGAUGUGUGUCUGCGCCAUCUGCACAGUCAGCGAGCACAAAGGUCACGACAUCGUUUCUGCCGAGGCCGAGAGGAGCGACAAGCAGAAACUCUUGGGAAUCUCCACAGCGGAGAUUAGGCAGAAAUGUCAAGAGAGGGUGAAGGAGCUGGAUGAGCUGAAGACUGCAGUGGAUUCUCUCAAGAACUCGGCCCAGAGAGCCAUGCUGGAGAGUCAAAAGAUGUUCGAGGACAUGAUUCGCUCCAUCGAGAGGAUGAGGUCAGAAGUCACCAAGCUGAUCGGAAUCAACGAGAAGGCGGCGUUCAACCAAUCAGAGGCUUUAAUAGAGCGUCUGGAACAGGAGAUUGACGAGCUGAAGAAGAAAGAGUCUGGCUUGAAGGAGCUUUAUGGCACUGAUGACCACAUCCACUUCUUGCAGAACUUCAACUACCUGUGCACCCCCACUGAUGACGGCUUCAUACCAAAGGUGACCGUUAACCCCGACUUCUCCUUCAUGGCCGUCAGGAAGGCCGUCUCUGAGAUCAAGGAUCGUUUGGAAGAGUUUGGCAGGGAAGAGUUGCUGAAGAUCUCCAAGACGGUGAAUGAAGUUCCCGUCUACACAACAGAGAGUCGAACUUUGGACAGAAGGAGCAGAGGCAGAGAAGACAACAUGGUAACAGUGGACACUCCUGCUAGUCCAGUACCGAAGACCAGAGCAGACUUUGUCAAAUACUUCUGUCAGCUGAAGUUGGAUCCAAUCUCAGCCUACAAGGAGCUUUACAUCUCUGAGCACAGCAGAAAAGUCAUCCGCACCAGAGACCUGCAGCCCUACGGGGAUCACCCAGAGAGAUUUGACAGCUUCGCUCAGGUUCUGUGCCGGGAGGCUCUGUCUGGAGGCCGCUUCUACUGGGAGAUCGAGUGGAGCGGGGAGUUCUCCAUCGGUGUGGCCUACAGGAGCAUCAGCCGCAAGGGCAAGGGCUCCCUGUGUCUGCUGGGCUACAACGACAGGUCCUGGAGCCUCCUGUGCUCCGACUCGGGUUACUCAGCCUGGCACAACAGGGUGGACAAGGCCGUGAGUGGCCCCCAUUCCCCGAGAAUAGGCGUGUACUUGGACCACACUGCAGGCGUGCUGGCCUUUUACAGCAUCGGCAGCGGGGCCAUGACCCUGCUGCACAGGUUUGACACCACCUUCACAGAGCCACUGUAUCCGGGCUUUGGCGUCGGAACCUCUGUCAAAAUCUGCAACGUGAAAUGAACUCUUAUAUUUCUGAGAAGAUGUUCACUUCUUUGCUUUUGGAAUAUAUAUUUUUAUAACUUUGAAACAAGUUACAUUGUUUGCUAUUUUCUAACGUGAUGAUCUAACAUGUUUAACAUUAUUGGAUUAUCACUAUUAUGACUCACGCAUGAAUUCAAUGUUAAAGCAAAUAUAUCAUUCCCGAUAUUGGCCUUUUCACACUUCAUCUAACAAAUAUUUCAUUGUAUGCAUGUUUGUUUACACAAGUCACUGAGUUAUGCAAGAUAGUUUUUAGAAUCUGAGUAAAUUAGAAUGUUUUUCCCAUUUAUGUCACAGGAAUUUGAUUAAUCAUGUGACAUUUUCUGGCUGAGGACAUGCAUUACAAAUACUGUAUAUACAUAAGCAAUGUUGCCACCCACAGGCCUGUAUGUGACAUUACACAAUAUUUAUGGAAAUGUGAUUAAUGCGUUGCAAUUAUUUGUCCUAAUGUGAAGAAUAUUCUUUGUCCUUUCACUUUGUUUUGUUUACUUAGAAUGUCAAGAGGUUGUAUGGCUGUAAAAUAUGAGGAACAUGGAUGAUGGCAGCAGUUUGUACGUAAUAGACAUAUUUUUAUUGUUGCAGAAAUAAUGACAAUUAAGUUCAGACAUCAUAACCAAUAAUUCCUCCUUUGCCGAUGCAUUCUCCAAUGUAAAACCACAUCAGCACUUCAGUGGCCACCAGCCCAUUCCUUAGAGCAUCCUGCAAGGGCAAAAAAAAAAUAUAUAAGUUUUUUUCCCCCAGAUGAAGCAAGUAUGAAAUCAAGAAGUGUGUUUAAGUGCAGUGAGCAAACAUGAUUCACAGCCUUAAUGCGUUUUACACUAAAAUUGGCCCGAGUGUGUGAAUGCUUGUUUGUCUGGGUUGUCUCUGUGAUGAGGUGGUAACUUAUCCAGUGUGUACCCUGCCUUCUGGCCAAGUGCAGCUAGCAUAGACUCCAGCCCCCCACGAUCCCAAAAAGAAAAAAGCGAUAGAAAAUGGAUGGAUUUUAAAAUGUUUAUCUUCUUCAGUUUUAAUUGGUAAAGGUUUUACAGUAUUUUUUUUAAUUAGAAGGUUCUAAGUGGCCUACACCUCUCGAGGAGACUGAAGUGUUUCAAGGUGUUUGGGUCACUACUGUGCACUUUUUAUGACACUGUGGUGGCUUCUGCAGUGUUCCUAGUAGGGCUGCAACGAUUUACGACAUUGUCAACAAAUAUAUUUGUCACCGACAAUUAUAUCUGUCGGCAAUAGUCGAGACGUCAUCGUUCGUGUUUUUCCGUGCAGAAGUGGUUCAGCACCGCCACUCGCAAAAACAUUGCCAGUGAUAACAUUAUUCUUGUUAAAAACAUGAAUACAUUGCUCAUUUUGCAAGACCAACCUUGUUUUUAUGGCAGUACAUAUGUGAUACGCGAGCAUUUAAAGCAGAGGCAUGAUGUCGGACAUUUGGAGGGCGGAAACGGUCUCAGCCACAGUAAGCUUGUUAGCAACAAGUGUGAGACAAAAUUGUGUGAAAAAAAGAUUUAGCUAUCAUUUUAGCCAAAGUCAGCCAGCUAAACUUUGUCUACAUCAAUUCUAGUACUUUUUAAAGCAGCGUCAAUUUGCAAUGCCGUAAAAAAGGCCGACGCACGCACCAGAUAUUACACUCUUGUCUUGUGGCCUUUGCUUUGUUAGGACCUUCUCGACCACUGUGGAUAUCCGCCAUUUUUGUUAUGACACCAACAACAGGAAAAUAAGUCUCGUCUCUCAAUUCAGCGGCUGCAUCCUUCGCAGUGCGUUAUUGUGGGGUGCUGAUGUCAUUUUGAUGUGCAAAGGCCGUCCCAAUUCCAAAAGCUCCAAGUGUCCUUCGAAUCCAGCCAACAAAUGUGUCCUUUUCUUCCAUCAGCAACAAGCGUGCAUGCCGUGUACACGUAGCACGGUUUCAUAUCCCAAUAUCCUUUGUGCACUCAACUCUGAAAAUGAUUUUCAACAUGGUGGCGCUGUGCGUAGCGGAAAGAGUGACUUUAAAAUGUAAGUAUAGCUUUAUUUAUUCAUUUAAAACACCUAAAACCAGAAAUGUCAAGCUGAGGUGACAGUAGUGAUGUACAUGUGUGUUAAAAUAGGAGACCUCGACUAUCAUAAUUUUGAGCGACCUGUGUGCUCUUUGCUCCUGUCUUUAUGCCAAGGGAUCGCCAUAUCUGGCCACUGCAGACUGAUUUGUGCCCGGAGCUUUUUUCAACCUUUAGAAGUAAAGCUCUACAUCUUUUGAUUUGCUUUUUUAGACUGCAAGAGGUUGACUUAAAUUAUGUCCUAUUAAUGUGUGGCCGGAAUACUGAAGUAUUGUAAAUAUGUGCAUC